UUCGAUCCACAAGGUUUAACGGAGAAUCAUACCACCGUCUACACUCUCACAGUUCAUACCCCUCCCCGUCCGCCACCACAAUGGUUGCCCUCAAUCCUUACGCGCACCCCAGUCUUUCACCCAAGAACUGGGCCUUCUUCCGUCCUCCCACUUUCUGGCGACCUGAAUAAACCUAAAUAUGAUCGUUUCCUACUCGAAGACCUCGACUUGCUAUCCACAAAAUCCGUCAGUAUUAAGAGCUCUUGGUUCCCACCAGAGAUGCGCUGUCAUCAUAUAGUUGAGGAGCCAUGGAAGUACGGGUGCGAUCAAGGUUGUUACUUCGUCGAGAAAGGUGGAAAUGAGGUGAGUAGAUGGAGGUGCAAGAGAGUUGAUUGUGAAGGGCAUGUUUACUGUGGGCAGCUUAAGGAGGAUGCGGAGGGACAGGCGUGUUUUGGCAAGAGGGGACAGAGAUUAGUUUGCCGUGAU